AUGCUCGUCCAGGACCGCGCGUCCCCGCACGCGGCCGCCGCCGCGGGCCAGAACCAGAAGCCGUCCUCGUCCCCGCGCGGCGCGCCGGGGGCGGACCGCCGGCACCCGCGGCCCUUCUCCAAGAACCUCGACUUCGCCACCUGGGCGUCCGAGCACUCCUCCAAGCUCCUCCUCCUCCUCUUCGCGGUCGCCUCCGCCGCCGCCGUCUUCCUCCUGCGCGGCGCGGCCCCCGACGCCGCCGCGCUGCUCUGCCUCGACCGCUCCGCCCGCUCGGGCUCGGGCGGCCCCGCCAGGCUCCCGUACCCGGACGUCGCCUGGUCCAAGGUCCCGCCGCUCGCCAUCGCCGCGGGCAGCCCCUUCGCGUCGUUCCGGGCGGAGCGGUGGAUCGUGGUCGCCGUCUCGUCCCCGCCCACCGCCGCGCUGGCCGCGCUCGCGCGCGUCAAGGGCUGGCAGCUCCUCGCCGUCGGCGAUUCCCGCACGCCCGCGGGGUGGGAGCUCAAGGGCGCCAUCUUCCUCUCCCUCGAGCUGCAGGCGCAGCUCGGGUACCGCUCCGUCGACUUCCUGCCCUACGGCUCCCACGUCCGCAAGACGGCGGGCUACCUCUUCGCCAUCCAGCACGGGGCCAAGGUCAUCUUCGACGCCGACGACCGCGCAGAGGUGCCCGGGAACGAUCUGGGGAAGCAUUUCGACGUCGAUUUGGGAUCUGGAGUCACCAACUACCCAGUGCUACUCCAGUACAGCCACGCGGAUCCCAAUCGCACUGUGGUGAACCCCUACGUGCACUUUGGCCAGCGCUCGGUCUGGCCACGGGGGCUGCCGCUCGAUAAGGUUGGGGAGGUGGGCCAUGAGGUGUUCUACACCGAGGUCUUCAGUGGCCGGCAGUUCAUUCAGCAGGGGCUGUCAGACGGGUUGCCGGAUGUAGAUGCGGUGUUCUACUUCACUAGAAAGCCGCCAACUUCGGCGUUCGAUCUGAGGUUUGAUUCCGAAGCCCCGAAGGUGGCACUACCGCAGGGCAUGAUGGCACCAGUGAACUCGUUCAAUACGUUGUUCCAGUCACCAGCUUUCUGGGGGCUCAUGAUGCCGGUGUCCGUGAGCUCAAUGGCGGCAGAUGUGAUCCGCGGGUACUGGGCACAACGGAUCUUGUGGGAGAUUGGUGGAUAUGUCGCUUUCUAUCCGCCUACUAUUUACAGGAAGGAUCAUAUUCAGGCAUACCCAUUUGCAGAGGAGAAGGAUCUGCACAUGAAUGUUGGUCGGUUGAUCAAGUUCCUGAAUGAGUGGAGGUCGAACAAGAGGACACUCUUUGAGAAGAUUCUUGAUUUGAGCUAUGCCAUGGCUGAGGAAGGUUUUUGGACGGAGCAGGAUGUCAGAUUAACAGCUGCUUGGCUGCAGGACCUGCUCGCUGUGGGCUAUCGGCAGCCGCGGCUCAUGUCAUUGGAGAUUGAUAGGCAGCGUGCAACCAUUGGAGAGGGUGACAUGAAGGAGUUUGUGCCCAAGAAGCUGCCAUCUGUGCAUCUUGGGGUCGAUGAGAUUGGCACAGUUAACUAUGAGAUUGGAAAUCUUAUUAAGUGGAGAAAGAACUUUGGAAAUGUUGUGAUGAUCAUGCAUGUUAGUGGGCCUGUGGAUCGCACAGCACUUGAGUGGAGGCUGCUUUAUGGAAGGAUUUUCAAGACGGUCAUCAUUCUUGCUGAGCAGAGCAAUGCAGAGCUUGCUGUUGAACGCUGCGCAUUGUCACACGCUUAUAAGUAUUUGCCCAAGAUUUUUGAAAGAUACAGUGGUGCUGAUGGAUUUGUGUUCCUCCAAGACCACAUGAUUCUUAACUACUGGAACCUGAUGCAAGCUGACAAGGAAAAACUUUGGAUUACAAAUAAGAUUGCACAUUCUUGGGUUACUGUUCCAUUGGAGACGAAUAAAGAGGAAUGGUUUGUAAAGCAAGGUGCGAUGGUCAAGCAGGUCAUUGGUAGUUCCCCAGUUCAUUUCCAAACAAACUACAAGGAAAGCAUGGGCGAAGAUAAGAUUGCAUUCUGUGGUAGUGAACUAUUCUAUGUGCCCCAGCAGUUUGUUGAGGACUUUGGUGAUCUUGUGGGUCUUGUCGGCGAUUUGGAUUUGCAUCACAAGAUUGCGGUCCCAAUGUUCUUCUUGGCAAUGGACUCGCCUCAAAAUUUUGACUCCGAUGCUCUGGCUGGAACAGUGUUCAAGAACCAGUUGCCAGCCAAUGCAACGUUCUCGUCUAUUUAUACAGCUCAAGCACCUGCUGUUUUCCCUGUGAAAGUUAUGAAUGAGAUUGAUUUCAUAAAGGUGAUUCGGCUAAUGUCCAUAGGAGACCCACUUCUGAUGGAGUUGCUGUUUAUUUCUCUGCUGUUGUAUAUUGGUGUAUCAUUAGUGACAAGGUUACUUGGGAUCAGCUCGGUCCAGCUGUCCUGCUGA